AUGGGUUCCGUCGUCCUGCCGCAUUUGCGUACCGCUUGGCACGUCGACCAGGCCAUUCUCUCUGAAGAAGAACGACUCGUAGUCAUUCGAUUUGGCCGCGACCAUGAUGUCGACUGCAUGCGCCAAGAUGAAGUUCUCUUCAAAAUCGCCGAGCGGGUCAAAAGUGAGUCGGGCACCCUCACCCAACUAUCACAGAAAAAAGACUUCCGCUCCAGCUCCAAACCAGCUCUGCUGCGCACGAAGUACCCUUGUGAGAUAAACAAAUACCUAACAUUCCAUCCAGAUUUCGCCGUGAUUUACCUCUGCGACAUUGACGAGGUCCCUGAGUUCAACACCAUGUACGAACUCUUCGAUCCAAUGACCAUCAUGUUCUUCUAUAGGAACAAACACAUGAUGUGUGAUUUCGGUACCGGUAACAAUAACAAAUUGAACUGGGUGCUCGAGGAUAAGCAAGAGUUGAUCGAUAUUCUUGAGACGAUCUACAAGGGUGCCAAGAAGGGACGAGGUCUCGUGGUUAGCCCAAAGGAUUACUCGACGAGGUACCGGUACUGAUUUGCUUCGGUCGUUGGUUGGGCUGCUGCUCUGUGUUCUCGGGCCCAAUAUCAAGAUAAUGAAAAAUGUUCAUGACGUAUACUUAUCUUCUCCGCUUUAUGCUGUAAGCGCGAUCCCUCGGUUUAUCUCAGUAAGGUGACAUUAGGAUAUUCCAUAGAAUAUAUAUUUGG